AUGGCACCCUCCACUGAGAUUAUCUCAAUAGAUAACCAAUUAAUUCCACCGCUUCUUCAAACUGAAAAAGAUGAGAUAGAAGAAGGGAGGAAAGUGGAUCAUAUAAUCGACCUAAAUGAUUUAGACAAUUUGUAUAUUAAAUCGUGGACGAUUUCCAAAGUAAACGUGUGGCUACGUGAAUCAAAUCCAGAUGCUUAUACACCAAAGAUGGUAUCUAUUGGUCCUUACCAUAAGAAAAAUCCUCAACUUGAUUCAAUGGAAAAGUACAAAAAAUUGUACCUAAGACGAUUUCUUCAACGAAAAGAGGGGCUUGAUGUGAAAAGUUGCAUUAGUGAAAUGGUGAAACUGAAGAAGGAAGCACUAGAGUGUUACGACGAUAUGAAAGACAUCGAUACUAAAAUGUUGUUGCUUGAUGGUUGUUUUGUCGUUGAGUUUAUUCGAGAGCAUUCUAGGGAGCAUUCUCCAAAAGGAGAAGACAAAAUUAUCAAUAUUAAUAAUAAUUACAUUAGACCAAGAGGUCACGUGUUCAAUCUUUGGAAAUCAGGAAUGCGAGGUAAGGCUAUGUACAAUAAACCCUUGAGGUCAGUCCCUUCCCCGAACCCCGCGCAUAGCGGGAGCUUUAGUGCAUCGGGCUGCUCUUUUUACAUAUCCCGAGACUUGUUGUUACUGGAAAACCAACUUCCUUUCUUUGUCCUAGACCAACUUUUUCUCAUGACAAAGCAAGAUGAUGAUGAACCAUUGGAAAAACUGGUGAGUCAUUGGUUUCACUCUUUUGUUCACUUCCCAAUAACGACAGAAUGUAAAGCAGGAAAUAUCAAACAUUUACUUCAUCUACUACACAUAUUUUCAUGUCAUGGGAUUACCAAGGAAAAGUCAAACGAUUACAAAACAAUGGAAAUGGUCAUGCCAAAUGCAACAGAGCUUUCCGAAGCUGGAGUUAGCUUUGCAAAGGUCAGUAAUAUGACAAGUUCAUUCGAUAUAAAGUUCGAGAAUGGUUUGAUGACAAUUCCUUGUUUUCGAGUGGAAGAUGAUACGGAAACCAUCCUGCGAAAUCUCAUUGCUUAUGAGCAACAAUCAUCUGAUGAACAUUCUACAUAUUUCAGUGAUUAUGCAACUUUCAUGGAUCAUCUUAUAGACUCAGACAAAGAUGUGAAUUUGCUUCGCAAAAAAGGAAUCAUAGUGAACUGGUUAGGAGAGGACAAAGAGGUGGCUAGCCUCUUCAACAAAAUUGGAAAAGGGGUCACUUUGUAUCAUGAUGGCUUCUAUUACAAUAAACAAUUCAGAAAAGCAGUUGAACAUUGUAAAAAACCAUGGAACAGAAUGAAGGCAAAUUUGAAGCAUAAUUAUUUUAGUAGUCCUUGGGUAGGAGCUUCAACUGUGGCGGCCAUUAUACUCCUCAUACUCACAACUAUACAAACUAUUCUAGCUUUCACAGGUUCCGUUAUGUAAGUAGUAAUUAUUUCAAUUCUAGUGUUUAUGAGCUUACGAGUUUUUCAUGUCCCCCUUUUGUAUUGGGUUUUAUAGUUGAAUGUUAAU